CGACCAGGACAGAAAGCCCGGGGAUCGAACCGGCGACCUUCCGGUUACAGAUGUGCUUCCCAACCCAGCCACGGUCGGUGGUCUCUAUUUAAAAAAAAGCUUAUUUUUUGUCUUAUUAGACUGAUCCAUUAUGGGGGGAGGGCAAAAAAAUUGCAAAAACAGAGUGCUAAUUAAAUUGUCAAGCAUUUGAUUAAAAUUUUACUUGAUGUGAGGAAAAUAUUCAGCAGAGCCAACCUCUUUAUUCCAAUAAAACCCAAUAUGCAGCGCAACUGUGUUUUGGCCUCAGGACGAGCAGAUGUUCAAACCUUGGACCUCUAACGGCUUGAAAAGGUUCAAGAUCUGUACUCUCAUGAAGAACUGAGGCAUAAUUUUAAUUUGCAUAGCAGCUUUAGUGUAUUUAUUGGUUGCUAUCGCUCAGCUGUUAAUUCAUAAUUGCAUAUCAGUUUGACAACAGUGCGUGACAUGUUUAUGUCAAAGCAACAAAAGAAGUCCAGUAGACAAAACUGUCACUGCUAUAAAAGGUUUUAGUCAAUAAAGUCGUGAUGCAGAUUGUGAAAUGAAAAAUGUUGUACAUUUCUCAGUGUUUAGUUAGUUUUGUCUCGUGUUUAGAGCCACCGACGGCCGACUCAGAAACGUUUCUAAGCGUGCUUUGUUCUUGUGUUGAGUAAAUUUGAACAACUGCCAGUAUCAACACACGGCGCGAACGUUGACAGUAAUUCAUUCUCUGCUCUUUCUUUUUAAUCAACAGCAUUUCCGUGAAAAGACAAGCCGAGUGAUAUUGAAGUUCUUUUGUGCCCCACAAAAUAGAAACUAAAGGCCAAAACCUGCGAGUGGGGCGAAACAGCCGCUGCAUCAGUCUGUCACAAGUCAACAGGAAUAGAUAGAGAUUUGUUUUGCGGAUCAUUGACAGCCCACUCAAGGUCACUUCAGUGUGGGCAAUCUGGGCAUGUUGUUUGGCCUGUCCUGCCUGUCUGUCUGACCUACAUCUCACUGCUCUGGCUAAAUAUAUACAGUAGACCCCUCAUUACAAAGCUUCCAGAUUAAUCUGGAUGAAAUCUGAGCACCGUUCUCCCCCGCCGUGGCUGACUGCAGUCUCUCUUCACAGACUUCCACAGGCUGACUUUCUAUCUCACCCAGUCUCUCAGACACUAAUAUUCAAAAACUAAAGAAAUAAAUGAAGCUGGCAGAUGAAGGCUUUCAUACAAAUGUGGCACACACUUGUGCGUUAUCAUCUUGUAAAUAAGAUAAAAGCCACAAAGGCUUCUGCUUGUUCAGAAACAAACGUCUACACGUACAGUACAGCAUUUCUGCAAAUUCAGUCCUAAUGUUGGCUAUAUACGCUAUGUUUUGCUGGGCUUCAAGCCUGAAGCACCUGCACAUACUUAAUUCCACAAGACACAGGUGUGCAUUCUUUCAGAAAAAAAUCACACCCAUCACGACUCUGAUAGACCGUUUACUGUAUUUAAUUAACCACAGUAUUUAAAAGUAGUCACACAGUCCUGUGAAAUGAACUCCAGUACCCUUUUAGUGACACCUCCCCCCGGCCUAGACAUGUUUAUUUAGAAACGCAUUUAAUACUGCUGAUUUUAUAAAAGGGGAUGUUACUGCUUUAAUUUUGAUAAAGAAGCAAAAUAUCAGUCAUAAUCCAUCUUUUUUGGCUAAUUUAUCCAGUUUAUUUUUGGCUAGCUAUACGCUUUAGCUAACAAGUCCAGUCAUUUUUCUAAUGGUUUUAGCUAAUUGUUGUUUACUGCUACUAAAUAAAAUAUCAAAGAGUUUUGGUCUGGAGAAUCGAGCAUUGAAAAGACUUUAUUAACAUUAACAUAUGAAAUAUUAAAAACCCGUAUUCAGAUGUCACUCAGUUACCAGUUGCUUUAAGCUAACAGUUUUAGCUCCUUUAGCAACAACGUUCAGUUAACUGAACUGUCUGUCGCUACACCUGAAUAUUUACCCAUUACAACUGCUAUUUUUUUUCAUGUUAAGCUAUUUAAAAAUAUUUGUAAAUAAUUUUUAGUUUUCUGUUUCAACCCUCUACACAUUAUUUUAGCUAAAGGUUAAGUGUUCAUUACGUUUAACUAAUUGUUUAAAAUUCUCUCUCACACCCAUUGCUCUUAUGCAUUGUCAAGAGUCACACAUAGUCACAGCUAACUCAGUAAAUUGAUAUAAACAGCAUUUCUAUUGCUUCAAAUUAAUUGAGCGUUUCUAAAUUCUUUCCACGUACCUUCUGGCAAUAGCAGAAACACCCCCUGGGGCACUCUACCAUAUAUAUGGGAAGGCACCAAAACACAUUUUUCGCUGUUAAUCUUCAGUGCGUGUGUGUGUGUUCUACCCAUCCUUGUAUCACUAGGCUAAAGAGACAUCUCUGCACACCUGGUAGAGCCUGGAGAGGUAAUAAUAAUUUGGAUAAUUUGGAUACAAAGACUUCAUCAGGCCACAGUUAAUUAGGAAGCGGUGGCGGUGUCUGGGAUGGAAUGACAUCACGUGGUUAUGAUGUCAUGGCAUUAAUCAUCUUUUCACCACUUCUUUAGUUCCCCUUUGAGUAGAGGAGGGAUAAUGGGGCGCUGAUUGGCUCGUUGAUUUUACCUCAUAUUUCCCGAGGCUUUCUUUUACAAUCACACCGCAUUACCUCAUGCUGUAGGGAGGGAAGUGAUCGAGGGCUGGCUAUGCUGAUCCAUAGACCAUGCAGGAGUGUAACUCCUUAGACUGCGAGCCCAACACUGAUUAUGUCCCGGGCUUUAACGUUACAUCAACAUUUCAGAUGUACUUUUUUCUCUUCCAGGAACAUGGCUUAAAGAUUGUGACUGGGCUUACAAGGCAUUUAUUGGGUUAAUGUUGGAGGGAAAAUCUUUUCCUGUCUUGGGGGUGGGUGGAGGAACGUUGACGCUGGGAGGCUUAUGAACCCGCAAGUCAAACAGUAAUGAAAACAGUUGUGACCUGAUUUCAAGAGGCGGGGAAAAGACAGUGUAGAAGGGGGAAUGAGCAUUUUAAGAUAUAGACAAAAGGCUGCAGAAAAUAUCUGGGGCUACUUUCUUUCUUUCUUUUCCUUUUCUUGCUUUCUUUCUUACUCACUUGCUCCCCUUCAUGUCUUCCUGCUACCUUCCCUCUCUUUUUGUCUGUGUAUCUAAUUCGGCCACCCCGUCCAGCAAGGAAUAGCUGUCACCCUGGGGAACAAAGCGCUAGAGCUUGCUCUUCAGAGCAGGAAGUUGGCUUGGGGCCAAGGGUGGAAAAUCUAUACCCGGUUGCAUAAUAUAACAUAUCUUUACCUCAGAUGAACUCUGAGGAGGCCUGGCAGCUGUGAGCAAACAGAGCUGGAGGGCGGGAGUUUGUGUGUUAUUAACUGACUCUGUUUGUGUGGAAGUGUCUGUGUAUGUGUCGGGUAUGAGUGCACGCUCUAUGCUUCUUGUAACUUGCGUUUGCUGGCCGGCGCUGCAGGCCCAAGGCUGUUUCAGACCCCCUUGACAGUGGAGCCGAGUACAGUAGAGUCAAAUAGAGCCUUGUUGAAAUAAGUGAGGAGUAGAGUAAAGUUGAGUAGAGGAGUCCGAGGCCAAGGAGGGCUCAGGGUUAGAUUCAAACACAACUCUGCGGCUUCUACUUUUGGCUCAGGGAGCCAGUAACUACCAUCCCUACUCCAGCUGCAGCAUACUCUGGGAGGGAAUUCAGAUAUAAACUUUCUGCUCUGUUUAGGCUCAGAGAAAUAGCUUCAGGAUUAGUGUGUGUUACAUGGAAAGUUGUAUAUUUGACUGGAAAAUUCAGCGCAGGAUGAGGAUUUCAUGUCACUGCUAAAAUAUAAAACACAGAUGGGCCAGAUUUAACUUUACUCUGCGAGUUCACGGACGUUCCCCGCUCGUCUAACUCUCAUCAUGACAGCUUGUGAAUUCGCUUCCAUGGUGCAUUCAUCCCACUGCCUUCCCUUUAUUAAGACGUCACUCUGGUCUAGGUAUUAUCUCUAAAGGAGGCGUUUGGAGAAACAGUAGCGUGUGUGGAGGGGACAAGGAGCGAAAUGUCCUGAUAGCAUUGGGCUGUCUAACGUGUCAAGCUUCUGUCAGUCCCUCUGCAAAGCCCAGUGAAACUUAAAGCCGGCCUCAUUACAGUCAUCAUCUGGAAUAAAGUGCAAUCAUCACCGCCACCUGUGGAAAGCUGCGGUGGAGAAAAGACUCUCACAGGCCUUAUAGACCGGUCUGCUGGACUCGUGUAUCAGUUCACAAACACAUUUUAUAUCAUUGGUGUUAUUUUUUCCCCCCACUUCCAUCUGCACACCUGAACACAAAUAUAUCAAGCCAGAGUUAGGUCUCAUAUGGGGACCACAAAUUGACUGUAUAUUGCCGCCAGGCUGUGGAGAUUUAUGAUGAAAGUGAAUAGGGAUGGUGUGGGCGGGGAUGCAGAGGUGCAUAUUAUGGCGCCUUUUUUUUUUCUUCUGUGUUGGAAGAGCUGAUGGUCUUGAGAAUAGUAUAGAGGAGUACAACAACAGCAGAGCUAUUUUCAUUUUAGAAAGAUUAUAGAAAGAAAUUCAGCACAAAGAGAAAAGAGGGGGAAACGGGCGCGAAUGAAAGAGGCCAUAGUCUGUGUAUUGUAAAUACAGUAGACUGGGGAGCAUUCCAUAUCCUUUUAUUUUUUUUCUACCAGCAUGAUUUGUUUGAUUUACUCUCUAUCAAUCAGCGGCGGAUGUAUUUAAACAGACUUGAAGUAUAUUUGAGAAAGCCUCUUUAUAGCUGUGGCUGUUUGUAUUCUCCUUUUACUUUCCUUGGAAGCAGACCGUGAUUAAAACAGACGAUACAGGCGUAUUGUGUUUCCUAGGGGAUUGGAAGGAAUGCAAAUGCAUCAUAACCAUAUUAUACUAGUUAGGAGUGCUUUGUGUUGCCAAGCCUCUGGAUACAGGAGAGAGUAGACACAGUUACUCUAAAGAGUCCCGAAUGCCACAAGUGCAACAACAGGAGAGGAUAUUUGACACUGCUGGACCGUAUUUGACAUUUCAUCGUAUACACACGGCGCUAAAAGCCUGCGCCGCAUAAAAAUACAAAACUUAACGCAGGAAGCCCCCCAAAAAAAGUUCUGCUGUGUAUAUAUGUGCGUGGAGCGCCGCAGAAUCCAUUUGGCAUUUUUGUUGUGAGGGAAGCAUGCUGCUGGUGGGACUUUGGCCUGCACAAUCCCUUCUCUGUUAAAACAAUGCGGCAGUUGUCCUCACUAACCUAAUUACUCUCUCCAGGGGGAGAAAGGCAACAGCACCAAAUCCCAUAGUUAGGAGCUCUGAUCUGGGCCCUGCUGUAAGAAAAGGCCUCAUUCAUUUCCCUCCCUCCGUCAGCCACACAUGCACAGGCUCACACAAACACUUUCUAUUUUUCACGGCGAUUGGAUUCAGCCUGAAAGAAGCUAAUGGUUCGCUAAUACGCCCCGAUAUUUCUUUUGAUAUGUGUUUUUUUUGUGUCGUUGUAACAGUUAAUUACAUCAUUCUGAUAAUAAAGAAUUUGCAUGUAACAUUCAUGUCAUGAUAUGAGCUUUGUGUCAGCCCUGGGAGGUGUAAGGUGACCCUAACCAUAUCAGAACAUGUUUUUUUCUCUUAAUUUGUUCCCAUGAGUGUUGGGAAUCAAAGAAAAAAAAUAAUAAUAAUAAUUGUAACUGACUUGCAUAAAAAAUUACAUUUUGAUAUUUUUUUGUUUUUGCUAUUCUCUAAAACAGGGUUAGGGCCAUCGCUGACCAUCCUAACCUAGCCAAUGAAAAAUGCAUUAGCAGGAAAUGUUGUUUAUAUAUUAAUGAUGUAGCUUUGACCCAAUGUCAAACAGGAGAAGUCCAGCGGUUUACUUUGAAAUGCUCUCAGUUAUAGAAAUGACUAAAACCAGCUAAGAUCCCAACACAUAACCAUAUAAGACAGUAAUAUGAAAAAGAAAAUCCCACAAACACAAAGUCAAACCGUGUUUUUAUAUCAGUGCUGAUUUUUCUUUUCAUGCUAAAAUCCAGAAAGCUACUUUUGCACGAUACAAUCAGAAGUGUGAAGGAUGCACCUUUAUACCAUGUAACAUGUUGACAUUUAAAACAGUUUGCAGAUAUAUCUUAUACACCCAAACACAAGUUGUCAGUUCAUUAGACACUUGAUAUAUAUUGAGGACUAUAUAUCUAAAAGAAAUAGCUGAGAUAUUACCUUUUUAAUGUUUAUUAAUGUAGAGGUUUUUCUACAGCCCAUAUUUAUAUUAUUCCAGCUGUGUAAUACCACAAUAUCAUAUGUAGUAUCUGUAUAUAAACUGUCCCUCACAGCUUUGUUUAGGUUAUUACACCCUUGCCAAACACAGAAAGAAGCUUAGCUUCAUUAUAUUGAUGGUGCGUUCAUCGGUGUUUGUUGUCAGAGUCAUUUGUGGGAAGUAACCUUAAAUAUUGGCACAAACCUCGCUUUUCUUGUUCCACAUCUAUCCUUUGUUUUGUCUUUCUCACCCUCCCUAAUCGCUCGUCUUUCAUCACUGCAUUGGCACCACAUUAGGCUUCUUUAAAACUUUAUUACAGCAGCUUCAGACGAGGAAGUCCGGAUAGCGAGAAGGAAAAUGGGCAUUUGUGUUGGUGUGUGUGUGUAGUGGCAUUCGCUAAGAAAAGGAAAGGGUGUUAAAACCUUAAUUCUCCCUCAACCAACCUGUUUGGGUUUUGUUUAUUUGUCGCUUCUCUCUCAGGAAGAUUAGAAAAGCCAUUGUGUUGAGGCUUGGGAAAUAAGGCUUCUAAGUUUAUAUUUGGAGAUUGUUGCGGUGCUGCGUUGUUGGUUUAGACUGUUGGGGUUUAGACGUCUUUGUUUGUUUAUAUGGGAAAAGGAAAAUUUUUACUGAGAUCGAGAUUUCUCUUGCAGGGGAGACCUGCACACUUACAAAAGCAUCACGGAAAAUGUAGACUAUUGACCAGCAUAUAUUUGCAUUUUUUAAUUAAAUGGUUUUAUUUACUGUAUGACUGUGUCUUUGGAGCAUGCUUAGAAUAACAAGCUCAACAGACCGCAUGUCCUGGUAUUCUCAGGGCGUAUAAGGAGACAGUAAUGUUUGUGUAUACAUGCAUGUGUGUGUGUGCGUGUGUGUCUGGCCGUGCAGUGUUUGUCUUAGGUCCCAGCUCCUUUCCUGUGGUGUGUGUGGGCUUGAAUCGGUCCAGCCUGUGUGGACCCUGCACCCUGUUUGUGCGCCUCUCGACACUCACCCUACGGCACAAACGGAAGCUCUGCUUUAACAGCAUGAUCGGGGCUCUUCCUGCAGCCUCCAGCCCGCUUUAUUAAACCUAUGGCUGUCCUUUUACGCUCCCUUUUUUCAGUCACUGUUAGCGCUUUGCAUCUUUCCAACUAAUCUAUUAACCUUUGCGGUUCAUAUAGCCUCUAUGCCAACUUGUGAAACUGCCCUGUCAGUGGCAGCCAUGAUUGACCUUCUCCUCAGUCACAUAUUUAACCCUUUCUUCAUCGUUCACUGAGCAGACCCUGAAAUGGGUUUUCUGCUUCUUUUUUAAAUGUGAACCCAACUUGAUCUUUUCAGUGUGACCCUGCUAGAUAUACUGCGCAGCCCUCGCUGAGUACGUUUCCACAAACCUUUUAAUGAAUGGAAAUGCAAUGCGAAAAGCGGCGACUAAUUGCUGGAAAUAGAUCCCCUAUUCUUUCAUUCUAAUUUCUUUUUUCUUUUGCCCUCCUGGUCUUUGUAUUUAUUGUGUUCUUUUAGCCAGGAGAUGUCCUCCUUUAUCAGGGCUCGUGCAGACACAAACAACCACACCUCUGUCAAAUAUUCGCCCCCGGUUGGUGCUUUUUGUCCACAGAGGGCACAAAGCAAAGUACGGGCCUACAAGCUCUGCAGUGAGCUUUACUCUUCAUAUGGGAUCCAUACAUGCAGGACCUCAAUUAUUAACUUACGGUCAAGGCUCAAGCUCGGCGAUUUGGAUUAUUACAAGUUAAAGAUAAUAAAGAAUAUAUAGACAGGAGGCUUUGGGGGGUGCACACAGACGUGGUGGGUGAGACAGUGGGGGUUGUGAGUUAGGGAUGGCAGCAAAGCAUUUGCAUAAAGGGCAGGGCAUCAUGCCCAAUGGUGGAAAAGGUUGGCAUCACGCCUUUCAGACUGGCAGAGAGGGAAGACUGGAGAGAGAGAGAGAGAGAGAGAGAGAGAGAAGGGGGGUUGUAGUCAAUAGUGCAUCCCUUGUUCAGAAAGAGGAGGUCCCUAGCUGUUGGCAGGAGAGCAGGCUAAAUCUCUGGUUUGAUUGUGUGCUAGAUUGCCCCUUUAUUUGUCUGAUUGCAAAGCGUUCAACACUGCAUUAGUAGUGGGCUUUACUUUCCUGGAGCCUUUAUUCAGGAGGGAGUUUUUCUGUCUUGGCCUGUUCUGCGAUUGUCACUCCACAUAUGUCUCAGAGUUUGGAUUGUGUGCAAUCAUCAGGCAGUUUGAGAAAGUUUCUGACCUGUCUGUUUUAUCAAGCCUCUGCUCUUUAUCCGCAAGCCUCCCGCUAAGGUUAACGACAGUGUUGAUUUAACUCGAUGCCAUAUUCAGAUGUGAUUUCAAAGAUAAAUACAGACCGGAAGACAACUGCAGAGAGGCAGGCAGCGGCUUCUGCCUGUCUGUAUGUGUACGUCUCUUACCUUCUGCUUCUCAGAGCCACAACACUGCUGCUCCCUUCAUGCCGUCUGUGAUUCUGGCGAUCUGAAGGCAGCACGAAGUGAAAGGGACAACUAUGUAGUGCAAGCAUGUUAUUUCUAUCCCUGAGUUCCAUAAGUGAUGUGUAUAGAGUCUGAGCUUUCUCCACAUCGCGCACAGCCUGCGGUCAUUAUGACCGCUAAGAGUGUGAUGCCUGCAAACUCACUGUGACCAUAAACCUCAAUAAGCCUUUUCAUUAGGCAUCUGUGGGAGCUAAUUAGCACUAGUCAUGGGAAGUUACUGUCUACGUGAGUAAAUUGAUUUUUCCUUAAAUUUACGCUUUGAUCAAAGACAGUCAACUAGAAUUUUGGCUUUCAUUUUGUCAGAAAAAUCUGAGGAAAUUCAGUUAAUGUUGGUAUGAAGUGUAGACGUAUGGUCAGCGUUAAGAAGUUUUAGUGCAAGGUAAAUUAUUCCAAACAUACACUGUGCGACAAGCAGAGAGCUCAGCAUUUCCACGAGGCUGAACUUGUAGACAGAAAGAUGCACAAGAAUAAUCCCUUUAGUGAGGUGGCACGGACAGCCAUAACAAGCUGCGCCGCCUAAGAAAGAGCACCGUGCGACAAAUAAAAAUGUCCCUUUACAAGUAAAAUCAUAGUUAAUUACAAAUGAAUGUGUCUUUAUGUUAAAAAAGAUCUAAAUUUACUGGCUUGAUAUUAUUUCAUUGUGAAAAAUAUUUCUUUGUAAAAUGUAAGCAACAUGCAAAUAACUCAGUAAUCACUUGCUUUCAACAAUCACUACAUAGAUUUAUAUAGUGUUAAAAAAAUCAUUAUUUACAAAGUAUCCAUGUGUUCAAGCAGCAAAAAAUUGAUACAAUUCAAACAAAUAAAUUUUUACUGUGUGCUUCGUGUGGAAACAUAGUUUCAUAUUUUAGAAUAGAUUUCUAUUACUUAAUGUAACUGUUUGAGGUGUGUUGUGUUACCUAAUGGCCAAAUCUAGAGGUAUUUGUAUUUCCAUUGCAUGUUACUUACACAAUUUUACACCACUAGAUUAAAAAGAGGAAUAACUGGCUCCAUUUAACAUUCUUCACUAUUAAAAAAAACUAAUUUUGUCUGUAAUUUUACUCUGUGUUCUCCAAAUAUAAAUAAAAAGUUUACUAAACAUAAACAUAUUUUAAUAGCAAGCCAGUUACAAUUACUUCUUCUACUAUCCUAGUCCGUUUCUGCAUAGAACAGUGUGACAUGAGUCUCCCACACUCUUGGUACACAAGAAAUUUUUUUAAAAAAAAAGUAAAAUUCCCCUUGUUUCAAAUAAAAACUUGUAAAAAUGAAGCUUUGCAUUAUAAGCCUUCAUUUCCAGACAGUACGCAUUUAGCUGCACACUGACCAGUUAUUCAUACACAUCCACAACAAUAAUACAGUGUCAGUAUACUUCUGUAUAUAAACACGUAUACAGUUCAUGUAAUUACUACAACAAUACUUAUUCAGCUUCACCUUUACAGGUCACACUGGUAAAGUUCUGUUUGUAUAUUUCAGCGUUAAUAAUACAAUAUGUAAAAGUUAAGUUAGAGUUCUUGUAAUUAGUAUAUAUUAAUGAUAAUAGGUUAACAAGAUUUUAAUUACAUGACUUUUAAUUUAUUUUCUAUAAUUAUGUAAUAAAGCUUUUAGGAGGCUGUGUUCCCCUAUCAUUUGACAGAAUAUGGGAAUAAAGUCUCUUAAUAGCUGCCAUUAACAAAGGAAAUGUUAAAGGCCUCACAUCCUGUUCCAUAUAUUUAUUUCAUUGUUGGUUUAAAGCAGACUUAAAAUUAUGAAAUUAUCCUGUAAAGCUAUUUAGAGGUGGCAAAGCUGUGAAAGCAGGUUAUUUUACAGAAUCAGAAUUAUAAUGGGCUAUUCUAAUAUGUUACAUGAUAAAAAUCUGACACCAGCCGAAGGCGUAAUCAGCCCUUGUGCAUGCUUGUAAAUCCACGCGAACCCAAACAUUGUGCACCUGGUGCAGGGAGGGCGGGACCCCAAACUUUAGAGGAGCAUUUUCCGAACAUCGCAAACACCAGAAAUUGUGGUGUCGGCUUCAGAAAAUUCAGAUGAUGUUUAAAUUCUCCUCCGGUGCGAGAGCGCGACGAGUUUACCUUCAAACGGGCAACAAACAGCGGAGCCUCGGUUUGAAAACACAAUCGUGUUGUUUCAGCUCACUUUCUUCUCCCAGCAGUGUGUGAAAGGCUGACUUUGGCAUUUCACACUCAUGUCUUUGAAAAGAGGAGUAAAGCCCUACAGCUUUGCUAAGCGACAAGUUAACACAUGAACCUGAAGAUCCUUUUCAUUUCAGGCAGUGUUGAAAUUUUAAUUCCAAAUACUAAAAGGGAUCUUUUCAUGAGAGGGGUUAUGGUGUAACAUCCCUCCGCUUUAAGCCUAUUGAUAAAUCGGUCUGCUUGUAAUUCUCUGUGAUGUGUGUCAACCAGACUGUCUAGAUCAAAGAUAAAUGUGGUGUAUGGCGAUGGCUACGAGCGCCUGGCUGCUUAUAGACUGUUCAAAUGACAUGAUAUCUCACUUCUAGCCUGCUCAUCAAAAAUGUAUCACUUUCCAUCAAACCAAAAUAGGAAUGUGGGAUCAAAGAGAAUGAAUUUGCUAAAUGCAUUUCUUUGUUGCAGGCCAGGCACAACGUGUUUACCGAUUACUGAGCUGGUUUUUACCAGGGUAGGAAAUUAACACUCGCCACCAGCCAAAUGCUGCUAAAAGCUGGCUGUGGUUUGUAAGUUUGUCUCCACUACCAGCCACUUUGGCAGCUUUUUUAUUUGGAUCUUGGGGAAAUGGUGAGAAUUAGUUGGUGGUGGUUUUUUUUUCUCUUUUUUUUAAGAAGAGGUGAGGCAAAAACAACAAAAAGAAGGCAUAAUGUCUUAGUCUGGUCAGUAGUAUCACCGUCACUGGCUGCAGUGUGAGCAGCAGUAGUCUGUUGGCUCGCACAGUGAGAAAACACUCAGUCAUGGCUGUAGUGGUGGUGCUGAGUCGGCCUGUCCCGGCAUGGUUAGUCACUCACGCACACGUGUUAGUGAGAUGCAGGGCGGUUUCUUCAUCCAGCAUUCUUUCUAGGCAGGGGAAAGGGUUUUGGAGCAUGCGAUUGCAUGUGCAUUAAUGCAUGCCUGGAGCUCCAGGCUGCAGAGAUGUCAUGGUUUCAAAGGUGAGUCCAGAGUGUGACAUCGCCACAAUCCACAUGUUACCGAGCAGGCCGAUGCGAUAUGCACAUAUGUUGCAGAUCGGAGUGUAUUACCCCACUCCUCUGUCCUCGCUCAGCGAUACUGACGUCUUCAUCCAAGUACAUCUGCACGCCUCUACUUGUGUUAUACCACCUCGAGCGGGAACAAAUAUUGUUUUAUAAACUCUCUGCUGAGAAUCCUCAAAACAAAAUAGCCUCAAGUCAUCAGCUUCAACACUUACAGAUGAGGUGUGUUUAGUUGUGCUCUUCGUGUAUUCACAUUCAGUCUGCGCUGCGCAGUUUCACUUAAAAAGUUGAGUGUUCGUGUUAACGCCAACGCUCCAAAGGGCCCAGGACCAUUUUGGAGUGCAAUCCGGGUGAGCGGAGCAGCUCUUUGUGGGGACUGGAAUGUGCCGUGCGUGCCUCUUCUUCUCUUCAGCCCCUCUUCCACCUCACCCCGCCCCACCCCGGGCACGUUAGCACGCAGCCACCACAAAUUGCUUGCAGAUUUUUCACACAUAGUAACGUGCUGGUUUGUAAACUCAGAUAAGUGCAACCAAUGCACGGCGUGAGCUCCAUGGAUCUCUACGCAUCACUCGCUUGCUAAAGAAACAGAGUAAAGGGUGCUCCGAGAUACCCCCCCCCCCUUUUUUUUAAUGUUACCCUGAGCCAGGAAUGAUUACUGUGGAUGAUAACAGCAGAGGGUCAUGCAGUGGGCCGAUUCAUUACAGUAUAGACCAUCAACCAAUGGAUGGCACACUUUGUGGCAUCAGGGGAAACAGUUUCUUCACACUUUAGCACCAAUCUGUGAAAUUUUAAAAUGCAGCUAGAAUACUCCAAGUGCUUUCCUCCUUCUCGAAAUGUACACCUGACUGCCUCAUCCUCACUCUCACAGGCCUCUAACAUUUUUGCACUCUAAAAUAAAUGACUGAAUCUCCUCUGCGUCCCUCCUAACCCUUUUCUCCUCCAACACCUUCCUCACACCCUGGCUCUCUGUCAGCCAGGGGUCAGUGGGGGAACCGGUGUCAGGCUUCGUCCGGGUCAGGGACACUCAGGUGGUCAGGAGAGGAUGCAGCCGAGCCCCGCCAGCCCAGAGCUUCCCCUUAAUGAAGGGGCCAGGCAGCUGGAAGGCCCUCGGGUUGUGCACACUACUGGCUUAAUUGGCCUAAUGAGAUGCAGUGAGGCCUCCACGAGGUCAGGUGCCACAUGAUGGGAGGACCUGCUGCUGGGUUCAGAAAGAGUUUUAUUAUCAUGGGUUUUGUGGGUCUUAUGUGAAAGUUACCUGAUGUAGACAAGUCAUUGUCGUAUUCUGGGCAUGGCAAACACUUUUGUUUGUUAAACAAAAUUCAAGCCAGAGAUUUAUCAUAACAAAAAAAAAUGCAAAAGAAAAGAAAAAAAGAAAAGCAUUUCAUUGUGCCAGAGUUUUGAUUAUUUGGCUGUAGGAUCUGGACUUUAGAGCAAAAGCUCACUUUCACCGCCAUCAUUUCUUGGAAAAGUUGGAUGGCUAAAAUCACAAACUGACACUUCUAAUCGCUGUGUUACUUUUAAUUGCAUCCAUUCAACCUGUUUUUGUUUAAGGACAGGAAAAAAAGAAAUGUGAAUACGCGAGACGGCCUUCAGCUUCUUGGUUGAUUGAGUCUUGAUUUAUCCUUUUUUUAUGGCAACCACAUACAACGACACAAAUACUCAGAAAUUAUGUAUUGAGGUGCUGACGGUGACUGAAAAAUGCCAAAAAGAAAAAAAAGCAAAACUAAUUUAGUUUUAGAUUAGAUUCGACUAAAUUAAAUAGAAUAGUGACAUUAUAUUUAGUAUGUUUUUGUCAAUAAUGUUUUAAUUAUUAAUGAAUGAAAAAAAUAUAAUAAGAUAUCAAUUAUCUUAAAAUGAUGGACUCCUCCAUUGUUUAUUCAAACGGAGCUUAAAAUGCAAAGGAGCACUAAUGAAUCCAACUCUGGGAUGUUUUUCACAGUUAAGAGCCUUUUCUGUCCUUGCUGAAAGAGUUAAUCUGAAGUUGGCAGCCAACUCCUCUCAGUCUCUGUCAGACGUGCGGAGAAUUGGAAAAAUAAAGGACUUAAAAAAAUCAUUUCUUUUGUCUUGUCAUAGGCAGCGUUCAGCUGUGGCUUUUAUGUGGACGAUUUGACUAUUUUUAAUUUUUUUUUAUUUCAGUUUGAAUAAAAAGCCGAAACCUUUGCGAUUGAAACUGUGAUCUCUGAUUUAUAAAUACAAAUUGCUUUAAUUUGGGGUUAUCGACUCUGAGUGGGCCAAGUGUUUAUUUUUAUAUACGAUAACGGGGGGAGGGAAAAAAGCAAAUUUAAAGAUUUAAGGGGGAAAUGCGUUAAUGUCGCGAAACCUGAACUGAAUUCCAUAUGCUGAACCGCGUCCCGGGUCAUUCAGAGCCGUGCUGGCACUGCAUCUGCUUGACAGGCUACAUUUGAAAUACAUAUCUGGGUGUUUCAGGGUCUCCUCUCUCGGUAUUAAUUGACGUCGGGGUUUCAGUAACGGUGUAGCACAAAUGUGUAGCUUGCGGGGGAUGUGCCAGGCCGUCUCCAGAUUUUCUAUUUUUUUUAAUUUACAUGUUUUUUCCUGCCAGGGUCCGUCAACGAUAUCGGCACUGUUUUAUUUAUUUAUUUAAACAUUUGUAUUUUAAGUCCCCUUUUAUGGCAGAGAAGAAGAAGAAGAAAAAAUAAGUGGCAGCAGAAGAAGAAGAAAGUGAUGGCGCAGCUUUAAUUGUUUUGGCUCUUAUUAUUGGGGCCUGGGUGGUUUUGAGCCAGAGAAAACGGUGGUUAGAAAAUAAGCCGUGCCGUUUACUGGGUGGAUAUCGGUGUGUUUAUGAAACUCGCUGUGGGAUAGUUUGUCCCUUUAACAGGCAUUUGUUUGGUCACAGCAGCGGUUUUUUUCCGGGGUCUUUUAAGGGGACGGUUAGGUGAGGUGAAACGACGCAAACUGGAUGAAUUUCAUCCCUUCAUUGAGGCCCUUCUCCCCCAUGUCCGUGCCUUCUCCUACACCUGGUUCAACCUGCAGGCCCGUAAACGCAAGUACUUCAAGAAGCACGAAAAGAGGAUGACCAAGGAUGAGGAGCGCGCGGUGAAGGAUGAGCUGCUUGGGGAGAAGCCAGAGAUCAAGCAGAAGUGGGCCUCGCGCCUGCUGGCCAAGCUCCGCAAGGACAUCCGGCCUGAGUUCCGCGAGGACUUUGUGCUCACCAUCACGGGGAAGAAGCCCCCCUGCUGCGUGCUGUCCAACCCCGACCAGAAGGGCAAGAUCCGCCGCAUCGACUGCCUCCGCCAGGCCGACAAGGUGUGGAGGCUGGACCUGGUGAUGGUCAUCCUGUUUAAGGGCAGCCCCCUGGAGAGCACGGACGGCGAGCGUCUGGUCAAGUCACCCCAGUGCUCCAACCACGGCCUGUGUGUCCAGCCACACCACAUUGGGGUGACGGUCAAGGAGCUGGAUCUCUACCUGGCCUACUUUGUCCACACACCAGAACAAUCAGGACAAUCAGACAACUCAAACCAGCAAGGAGACACAGAUGUGAAGCCCCCACCAAACGGCAACUUGAGUUUCCAGGACUGCUUUGUUACUUCGGGUGUGUGGAACGUAGCCGAGCUGGUCCGUGUGUCGCAGACCCCUGUGGCUACAGCGACAGGCCCCAACUUCUCUCUGGCUGACCUGGACAGCCCCGGCUAUUACAACAUCAACCAGGUGACCCUGGGGCGGCGCUCGAUCACCUCCACCCCCUCCACCAGCUCCAACAAGCGCAAGUCCAUUGACGACAGUGAGAUGGAGAGCCCAGUGGAUGAUGUCUUCUACUCGGGCCGUUCCCCAGCGGCUGGCAGCAGCUCUCAGUCCAGCGGCUGGCCUAAUGAUGUGGAUGCAGGACUCUCGUCGCCUGGUUCACUUAAGAAGCCGGGGAAAUUCGAUUUCAGCGCCCUGUCCUCCCAGACGAGGUCCCCCCGCAUGGCGUUCACCCACCACCCACUGCCAAUGCUGGCGGGAGUGAGACCAGGGAGCCCCCGUGCUUCAGCCUCGGCCCUGCACUUCCCGUCUCCCUCCAUCAUCCAGCAGUCUAGCCCCUACUUCACCCACCCAACCAUCCGCUAUCACCACCACCCUGGACAGGAUCCCCUGAAGGAAUUUGUGCAGUUUGUCUGUGCCGAUGGCUCAGGGCAGGCCGCUGGGCAGCAUACUCCACGCCAGGCGCCACAGCUCCCAACAGGUUUGUCGGCAUCGGAUCACGGGACAACAACUUUCUGAACAUCCCGCAGCAGACACAGUCUUGGUUCCUCUGACAAGAUCUGUGUGCAAACCAGCAACUAGAAUUCUUUCUUUGCAAUCAGAAAUAGAAAAACAACAACAAAAAACACAAAAAGAACCAGAGAAACAACCCGCAGGAUAAUAAUUGUCCUCCAACCCACCCACCGACUGGCCCUGACAGUAUGUCUCACCUGAUACAAAAUGUAACCAGGCAACGCAGGAAAUUACAGCAGCAUGACGCUUUUAGUGGAACUCUGGACUUACUUACACACAGUCAGAGGCAGGACCCGUUUCAAGCAAAGAUGGAUACGUUGAAAGACGAAUAGAUGGACAAGAGGAUGCCGGGAUGACAGGGAGAAGGGGGGGUAAGGGGACGGCAGCAGCAAGGAGGCAUCUCUCCUCAAACCACCGAACCAGCACAGCAGCGCAGGAGGAACCUGAGGAUGAAAACCGUCGGCUUCUCCUACUUUAUAAAGACGCAUUGUGUAACAAAUGGCUUAGAAAAAUCAGUUGUCUAGCAAAUACAAAUUCAAGUCACAGUCUAAUCAAAGCAAUUCGGUUCCCAGGGAAAGCUGCAGUCCACGCUCCUGUGAUGUCUGUCAUCACUCAAAACAAAAUCCAAAUGACCAAUGUUUCUAUCCUUCUGAAUGACCUAAAAUAGCCCCUUUCACCCUACUACUAACUAGUGACCAUGCCAAAACUUGAUUAAGGGUUGCACUACAAGCUGAAUCAAUUAACACUAAUCUUAAAGAUGUGCACUAUUUACCUACAAGGCAUGGGAGGUAAACCAGACUUGCCUAUUUUAAAAGUUUUAAAGAGGAAACAAACCUGAGGUACAAGAAGCCUUCACAAGUCCUCAGCCCCAUCUUUCAGUUCGACAGAUCAUUGGCCUCCACUCACUCUCAUGUCUCCCCACAUUCAGAACAAUCACUCAGUCUGUGCCAUGACCACAGCAUGUAUGAAAACACACACACAUACACACACACGUGCCCAGUCUCACAUUUAGGUUGUAGUAUUUAUAGGUGGUGGUGUUGUGUUAUUUCAUUCUUAUUUUUUAAGCCCAGUGAAGUCUUUCUACCUUAAUUAGAUAUCCAAACAUUGUGCGCACACACACACACACACACACACACUGAAAAUCGCAGUGUGACUAUAUAAUUACUGACAGCUUCACAGCUACAGGCAGCAGCUAUUGGUUCCCAAUUUGCCCUUAUGUAAUGUAGAUGAAUGAUUUUAUUAUCUCUCGUGUGUUCUCUUAUUUGAAUUUAUUCCUCUUUUGGAUUUGUACUAUUUUAUAAUUGUUUUGUAUUUGAAUGACAGCACCUUAAAGAGAAACACAGUCAGAAGCGGUAUGUUGAAGCAGUGGAGACAGGGUGGUUAGCUUACCCGGAUCAAGUAGCGCUUGCAAAAACAUUUGGGAAAUAUGCUUAUUUGCUUCUUUUUCCAGGGAGUUGAGAUGAGUUGAUUGAUACCACUACAGCUGGUUGGCUUAGCUGAGGUUAGCUGGCUUGGUUCUGUCCAAAGUUAAUAAAACCACCAAACCUGCACCCCCAGUGACCGUUUUGAUUAUAUGAUGAUUUUAUAUCGACGUAUCCGUGCAGAAUAUGAGCAGUUUUAAGAGGGUUUAGACCCGAAACCCGUUUGGUCAUUUUUUUAGGAAUGUUGAAAUCAACUCUGCGACGGUUUAGACGGCAGCUCAGGCGUUUUGUAGCUUUGCAAUGCAGUGUCAUGUGAAAACACCGUUACUGUGAGAAUCCUAGAAAGAACAAAGCAUUUGAAAGUAAUCCACUGGGUAACUAGUGUUGAUUGUAUAUGUUAAGUCGAGCUUUUUGGCAGUUGGACAUCAUAAGCUAACUGUGGCUUUGACUUAAAACCCAGGAACACAGGGCAGCCACAUGCAAAAGCAGGACUGCUUCACUAGAAAUUCAGAGUUUAUAUCAAUGAAGACGUCAGUUUAGCGAUUGAGACCAUGAAUUCAUUACAAAAGUACUUCUUGAGGUCAGAAAGUGAUACGGAGGAUCGUUUCCUCAUAGACUUGGAUACAAUCAGAUUUUGCAAACAGGAGUCGCCCCCUGCUGGCCAUUAGAAAAAGCCCAGGUUUUCAGCACUUCCGCUCUAGCCUCACUUUCCACCAGAGGUGGAGCAUAUAUUUCCUUAGUUGACACUUCACUUUGCUUUUAUCCUGAGUCUAGUACAUUGGAACUACCCUGACUAAUUCAAUUUUAUUAAAUUUUAUUUAUAUAACGCCAAAUCGCAAUGCCAAUUGCCUCAAGGUGCUGAAUAUUUUAAGGCAAAGACCCUGCAAUGAUACAGAGAAAACCCCAGUAAUCGCAUGACCCCUGUGAGCAAGUGCUUGGUGACACUGGCAAGGAAGAAACAGGAAGAAACCUCCAGCAGAACCAGGAAACCUCGGCGACUGUUUGGGGUGAAGGCAGUAAGAUUCAGACGAAUGCGGGGACCCUCGUUACCUUUGAACAGAGCCACCUAGCUGCUUCAUGUGAAGGUGACCCAUCGAACAAGCAUAUUUUCCAGAUGAACGUCUCCUGUAGAACAACACGAUGCAGGGUUUUGACAAUCACAGGAAGCUUAUUUUUCUGGGAGAUCGCCUGCUCGGCCAUAACGAUCAGGGGAAGAAGACAAAAUAGUCGCGCCUACUAUUUGGAUCCAGGUACAGCUAGUGGCUGCUGGUGGGGAUGUACGAGUGAUAGAAAACAGAUCUGAGGAGGGAAGGUUGCUGAAGAUGGGACCCAGAGUUAAGGAGAGAGUAGCUCUUCUUUCUGUCUCCCUAAAGUUUACCCUGUUGUUUACACUCCCAGACGAGCCGCUGCUCCAAGAGCAGAGGGGGCCACACUGCGGAGCAAAAUGAAUAUGUGACAUAUCUGGCUGUUUUUGGAGAGGGGACGAGAGCCGAGGCUUAGCAGUAGGACGGAUCACGGGUGUGCCCGUUUAAACGCCGGUGCACAGGAUCAGGUAAAGGCUGCUUGGUAGUGUUGGAUAUAGCAUUCCCACAACACACACUUACACGCACACACACGCACCAGCACUCCCACUGAGCUACGUGAAUGGAAGAGCCCUUAUAGAUCAAAAAACUGCACUAAUACAAUCAUGCCAGCCAACCUUAUCAGACUUUUUUUUGUAAUGGUUACAAUAGAUCGACCACCACUUAGUAUUGCAAAUCAGUGGAUGUAUUACUGGGAUGGAAUCACACUUGUAGAGCACAGAUCGCCACUUCUUUAAAAAAAACUCCACACAGACUUACGAAGACCACUCACUACUAACACGUCCCCCGUGCCCGACUCAAUUCAAAGGGAAGUCUUAAAGAUAGACAAUCUGAGGAGGCCUUUAUGCUUUCAAUCAUUAUCUAGAACUAUAUAAAGAAUCAGCCCACAAAUUUAGCCCUACUAAAAAGCUAAUCACCCAUCCAACCUCACAAAAUAACUGGACUGCCUGGCCACGUUCUUCACUGCAGGGAAAAGCGCGACAUAGCUGGCCAAUCGAUGGCGAUCAUCUCAUCAGCUUCGUAGAGAGAUCUAGCUCCGCUGAGUAAGACAUUAACGACGGCUAAAGGUGAUUUCUUUUCUAAUCUAUGGAAGUGCCUCUGUAUUCCCAUUAUGCAAUUUGUCAAACAUGAAUUCAGGUUCUUUUUCUCACAUAUAAGCUAUAGUGAAUGGUGGAAAAAACAUUUAUGUCAGUAGGGGGAGAAAAAAACACGGUGACAGCUCACUAGAUAAUCACAAGCAUCUUUAUAUAUAAUACACAUAUAUAUUUAUAGAUAUAUACUUUUUUUAUUUGCAAGAUAAGCUCUGUGGCAGUCUAGUUAUUUUUUGAAGCAUGGCGUACAUCGCACAGUCAUAGGAUGCAUCUCAGAAAAAAACCACACACACAGAAAAAGCUGAUUUGAGCUAAAGUACCAGUUUGUAAACCCGCUCGCACCCGCGUUACAGGACAUAAAGCUAAAGGACGGCAAACGCAACAGUAGAUACAUAGACAACAAGUGAUGAUGACGUAGUUGAGGUUAAAAGAUAAAGCAGAUUAGGUUUUGUUGUUUUCUUUCGUGUCUUGAUGGGAAGUAUUGUUCUUGAAACUAAAUGAUGUAUGUUGAUUGAGCCAUGUGCAAUGCCUUGGUAGAGGAAUUGUGUUUGUUUGUUAGCGAUUGUUUGAGGGUGUCACACAAAAAGAGGGAAACCCUCUUCUUUUUUCUUUGUUUUAUCUUUUUUUGGGGGGGAGGGGCUUUUGUUUGUUUUAAAGUCCACCUGCUCCGGGACUCUAAAUAUGAGAGCAGCGAGAAAAAAAAUCCCAGUCUUUGUAAGUAAGUUUGGGGAAAUUAUUUUACAUUUUUUUGUUCAUUUUUAAAAACUUCAUUUCUAUUCAUUUGUUUUCAAAAACCAUGGGAGGGCUGAAGGAACAAUUUUGCAACUCGUAAAAUAUAUAUCACUAUGACAACUGGUGCUUUCGUAAAAGAAUAAAGUACAUUCAGUCUCUAUUAUACAUAAAUAAUAAUAAACAAGAACUAAGUGUUAUCAUAAAAAGCAAAUUUUAGGAAAGUGUGCGUUAUUCUAUUUCUCUUUUUGUAUUUACCGAGGGAGGGGGGCGGGGGGGUGAGAGGUUCAUUGUAGGACAAAAGGCAUUUUUCCUCCCCGAACUUUAUCGCCACUGCAGGACAAACAAACAGGGAAAAAAUGAAAAUCACGUCAGAUCUUGUUUCUUUUCUUUCUUUUCUUCUCCAUCAUGUUAUGUCCAACACAUCUAGCGUGGGACAAAGACAAGAUCUUCCCCAUUUUUGGGAGAUGCACAAGUACGGAUUCCCCAGUCCAAACCACCGAUGAUGACGUCCAUAGAAAUUAAAGAAAAUGUUUAUUUUGUUUUGGUUUUUUAAUGUAAAUGUCUACUUGUUUAAACAAGAAAGAAAGAAAGAGGGAAUCAGCGGCCUCUGUCUGGCUGGGGGGGGGGGUGCUGUCAUCAAUUUACCAACAAUGUGAACCCUACCCCCCUAUCCCAACCCUCCACACACACAUGCACACACACACACACACACCACCAUCCUCCCCCAAUCCCCUUCCCCGCUGUAAAUGAUUAUAAAUAUUUGUUUGGUGAUGUAGUGUUAUAGACUCAGAGCAUCUUUAAAGGUUGUCCCUAAAAAGUGCCUUUUGUUCACAGAUUCCAUCUUGUAAUCCUGAGUGCCCAUCUCAAAAAAAAGUCCCCUCCUUCAUGCUUCUUCUGUAUCUUUCUCUUCCUAUUCUUCAGAGCUUUUUCAAGCAGUAUACAUAGUACUAAAGGAAAUUGGUGUGAUUUAGUUCCUCUUUUUAUUGUUGAAUUAUUAAGAAAAGACGUAAAAAAAAAAGACAAAACCUAAAAACAAAAAAAAAAAAGAAUAUUUUCUGUCUUGCUUCUCUUCCUCUGUAUCUUGUCGUCUGUCUAUCUUGGACACUGGAGUAGUCUGUAGCCGCGUACCCUUCUCCCACUUCCUUCCUUUUCUCCCUUUUCUCUGAACGGCGGGGUUAAAAAAAAGAAGAAGAAUACGCAAAGGUUUUUUUUCUUUUGUUGUCUGAGCAGAAUGCAGUUAGCUCACAUGUUAUUCUUGUCUGUACGCUUCACAUUGUAUUACCAUACCCAUCUUCUUCAGCUUCUCCAUUCAAACAGCUAAUGUAAGUGAACAAGUUACACCACAGGGCUCUGGGCUGUGCUGAGGACAAGGGCACAGGAUGAAAAAAAGAAAGAAAGGUGGAGGGAUAAAAGCACGAGGAAUGUGAUACUGGGCUUUAGGCGAGGGUGGUGACCAGCAGGACUGCUAGCGCAGGCAGGUUUGUUCGUUUGCAGGUUUCCUUGUUUCUGUUUUGUAAUUGAAUUUGAAAUUUUUUUAUUAUUUCGUCUUGAUGGACGAUGCAUCGUGACCUGGUUAUGCAUCUUGAGAACGAGUGAAUGAGAAUAGCUCUUGUAAAGAGAAGAAAAAAACCAUGAAAAAUGACUCAAAGCACCUUAAAAACAGAGCGGUGCCACAGCACAGAGACUGAGAUUCAGCACAAUCCUUACAAAAUGUGACUUAUCGAUCCAUCACUAUCCACCAAAGUCAUGCGGUUCCAAAUCCUGUAAACAUUAGAUGUAAGCACCGUGAGGCUCCACCAGCAAAAUCGAGGAAGAAAAAAAAAGUAUAUGCAACGUUUAGAUGUCUUUUUUUUUGCAUUAAGCGAAUGAAGCCAGCAGCAGUAUUAUCAGCGAAGCCUUGACGAGUGAAAGCGCCAUAGCUGAGAAGCCAUAUCAGAGACAAACAGGUCACACAGCAGAGCGAGUGCGCGUGUGUGUGUGUGUGUGUGAGCGUGUGUGUGUGAGCGUGUGCGCGCUUUAGUGGAGAGGCGGGCGUCUGCAGUAUCCGACGCCUGCACCGUUCAAGAGCCCAGUCGGACCCUGUGGCCCAUCCGUCAGCAUGUUUCACUUUUACGUUUUCCUCGCUCAGUUUCUAUCACUGUUUUAAGGAUGCUGUUUAGCGAUUUAGUGACUGAGCUCCCAAGCUAGACUAACCCCGCCACACCCUGAACCCCGCCCACCACAAGUGCCCCUCCCCCUCCUUCCCCUCUGUCAGAGCCGUCCCAUCCUCAGACACACCUCCCAGAGCCCAUGGUGAAAUGCAUGUGUUAAUUACAGUUUCUUUUCCAUAAUAAUAAUAAAAAAACAGUUUGAAAAGAGCAACACCAUCACUUGAUUGAAUAAAAGGAUGUUCUUGACUGUA